CUUGAAGGUCAAACUGUUGCAGAAUGAUUAGUGCGUCACAUCGACAAUUCGUGAAAAUUUUCAGAAGGGGUCAAAUCAAGACAUUUUUAGAUUUGAAUUGAGUUCAGCCGCACCAUGUGUAGUAACCUUCAUUCUUCAAGUAACGAAGACGAUGCCAUCGUGUUGAUGCAUGGUAUAGGACGAAUCUUCAAUGAUAUUAUGUUAUCUCGAAGAUUUAGAAGUUGGGACAAUUUUGAGACCUAUUUGAAAGAAGUACAUAAGUAUACGCAUACUAAGUACGUUAUGUCAGUAUGCAAAAAGAACAGUGAUGAUACAACUCUAAAGUACUUUUUCGUGAGAUAUGUCUGUACAUAUAUGUCGUACAUAUACGUCCAUAUAUGGACGUAAACACAGUUCGUCAGAGUCAGAUGCUUGCGUUCAGGAUGUAGAUGAUGAUAGUAAUAAUCAUUCUUCUGAAGAGCAUACAACUUCUAACUCGCCAACACAACCUAGGCAAAAGAGACAAAUGGUUCAAAUGGUUGUGGACGGAAUAGAAGAAGCUUUCGCUUAACAGGCUUCCGUGUCUAGUAGCAGGGGAUCACGAAAUCCUCCAGGCAGGAACCUAGGUAUGUUAACAAUAAAAGAGGAAAAGAAAUUGGUAAAUCAUAGUGCGAUGCUGUCCUUGGUCCUUAAGAAUCGGUCAAGUUGCCUCUUGAAGGACUCCUGAGAAGUCGCUUGGACUAGCUCGGCCGGCAGCGAAUUCCAGCUUUUGACAACUCUUAAGGAGUAGAAGUUGUGUCUACAUUCCGUCUUGCUAUGUUGUGCUUCCAGUUUCUGGGUGUUACCCCUUAGGUUAUUAUUCGAACUAAGCUUAAGUAGGUGUUUAAGAGGAUGUCCAGAAGUGUUAAGAAUACUAUAAGCCAUUAAUAAAUCACCUCUAAGACGCCUAUAUUCUAGUGGGUAAAGGUCUAGUGAACGGAGGCGUUCUUCGUAAGGCUUAGAUUUGAGUCCUCGAACUGACUUCGUGGCUCGCCGUUGGAUACGCUCCAAAGUGACCUUAUCCUUUUGGAGUGAGGGGGGGAGUAUUAUGUUUCCGUACUCUAAAUGGGGACGGAUGAAACUAUUGAAGAUUGUGUGGAAAGUUCUUCCGUCAAACUGACCAAAAAUGCGCCUCAACGUUACCAGUGCAAGGUUUGCUCGGAAGGCAUUUUUGUCACAGUUAGCGUAAGACGACGUCGGUCAUCUACGUAUGCCUUACUUCAAAUGAAUUUAUCCUUCUGGUCGAAAUAUUGCAAUUGUCAAUCAGUAUUUUGGGUCCGGGCAGUAAAUGGUGAGUUGAAACUCACCUUUAUUAAAACCGUGCACAACCAUCCUUGCACAGAAGGAUAUAUUUCUGUCGAUCCAUCGAAACGACAGUUGACCUCAAGUGAACGCUUGUAUUUAAAAACGUUUCUACUGAGUAAUACACCAACUCGUAGCUUACGGUAUCUGGUUUCUUGCAAGUUCAAUAAACAGCUUACCAAGGACGAUAUCGCCAGAAUGCGUUCACAGUUGUACCCAGACACUAAAAAUAUCAAUGACAUUUUACAGCGCGUUCAAGCAAAUACUGAAGUUAAAGUAUUCAAUGAAAAUGGGAACAUGUCUAUGAUUUGCUUCAGCCGCAGAGAGCAAAUAGCUGUUUACCACGCGUUCCCGGAGGCAAUAUGUAUUGAUUCGACUUAUCAGACCAAUAAAGUCGGUUUUCCACUGUUCCAGCUAGUGGUGACUGAUAGUCUUGGGCAAGGGCACACUGUUAUGUAUGCUCUUUGCAGUCAAGAACGACGCGAUGUCGAAAAACUAUUGGAAUGUUUUAAAGAGAUAAUGUGCGGUACUUAUGCUACACGCACUUUCAUUAUGGAUUCGGCAGCGACCGAAAUUUCGGCUGUGCAGUCUGCGCACAGUCAUUCUAACAUAAUACUUUGUUCAUUCCAUGUCCUGAGAGUGUUCUUCAGGAAGUUCCGAAAUCCUGAUGUGCGCAAAUGCUUGGAACACCUUGUGAAGACUAGACGGUCUGAUAUAUUUACUCGAAAGUACGAACAUCUAAGGACGCAUUUCCCACGGGCGUUUGAUUACAUAAAAGAUUACUGGAUUGCCAGGAAGUCAAUAUGGGCUCGCUGUUACCGGCGACAUGUAUUAAGCCUGGGCAACCACACAAACAACCGUGUCGAAAGUGCUCAUAAACACCUAAAAGAAUGUCUCAGAAGAGGUGAUUCCCUGCUAUUGACAUUUUUGGAAACUUUGGAGUAAAACAGACAUCGACCUACGUUUGCGCCCUUAUGAUGCUGUGAAGGAUCUUCAACGUUUUCCAAUUCUUCAGGUUCCAAUAUCAUUUCGAACUCUUCUAAAUGAGUUCACAUCUUUUGCAGCUAAAAUUGUAGCUGUAAAUUAUAAACGUGUUCGGACAAUGAGACACGAAUUUAUAGAAGGAGAAUACAUCCGGUGUUACGACAAGGGUAUGAUGUAUGUUGUUGAUACUUUACGUGCACGAUGUGCUUGUGAGCGUUUCAAUGACUACAUGCUCCCCUGUGGUCAUAUUUUGUAUGCACAUUCUAAAGAUCUGAUUCGUGGAGACUUAUUUCGACAAGAAAGUACAUAAUGGACCUGGUUCUUCGUGCGCUGGGCAACAUCUCAAUCUCUACAGGGAGUGAUGAUCUGCUAGAGAAGUUCACUAGCAACUACCAUUCAAUCCAUGCUCUUAGUGAACCUUUGGCAAGUAAACUCAUCCGUUCAUGCCUCGAAGCAUCGGAAGACAGGCGCACAAGUGAUGAGUUCAAUCGGUGCUAAUGAUGAAGCUACAACGUCAGAAUCCAUUGUUAAUACAGACCAUAGCUAUGCUUCUUGAUAACAAGAAGUUCUAAUAUUGUAAUCUUUUUAGUUUUACAUAAAUUCACUUAUAUGGCC